AUGAGGCCAAACAAGCUGAAACUUAAUCCAAACAAGACAGAGAUGUUCCUGGAAGGGGACUGGAAUCUGCCUGCUGAUAUGUAUCAAAGGAAACCCAAGCAACAGCCUAGCCAAGAGAAAAUAGGAAGCCUGGAUUUUCCUCAAAAAUUUAAGAACCAAGACUUUGUUCACCUGAGAGACUACUGCUUGAAUCAUGGCAUACUUUUUGAAGAUGAUACAUUUCCCGCACACUUCAGUUCUAUUGGCCCUAAAGUGCUCACAGAAGACAAUCUGCAUCGAAUACAGUGGCUGAGACCAACUGAAAUAAUGAGGGAUCCCUGUUUAUUUGUGGAUGGUGUGAGCCGAGCUGAUAUUCUUCAAGGACAAAUUGGUGAUUGUUGGGUCCUAGCAGCCCUGGGUUCUUUGACUCGACAAGAGCGGUUCCUGAACAAUGUUAUUCCAAAGGACCAAGGAUUCAAAUACAAUUAUGCAGGGAUUUUCCAUUUCCGGUUCUGGCACUUUGGAGACUGGGUGGAUGUGGUAAUAGAUGACCAACUUCUUUUCCACAAUGGAAAUUACUUAUUUGUCCAUCCCCGCAGUAAAAAUGAAUUCUGGCCACCAUUGCUUGAAAAAGCCUAUGCAAAGUUGCGUGGCUCCUAUACAAAUUUAGACCAGGGCUACCUUUCAGAAGCUUUGGUGGACUUCACUGGUGGGGUUCAGGUGCCUUUUAGCCUUAAGAACCCUCCCGCUUGUCUAUUUGAUAUGCUACAAACAGCUGUAGAAUCAGGCUGCCUUAUGGGAUGCACCACUCCUGAAGGAAAGUUCUCACGUAACAUGAUUUCAGAGAAUGGAAUUGUGCAACUUCAUGCUUACACUGUUGUGUGUGCAGCAGAGGUUCCGUACAUGAAUAGGAAAGAAAGCUUAGUCAGACUUUGGAAUCCAUAUGGUGAUACGGAAUGGAAAGGAGCUUGGAGUGAUCGGUCUGUAGAGUGGGAUCAAGUCCCAAUAGCAUACAAGAAAAAACUCUAUGAGGCGAAGGAUGAUGGCGAGUUCUGGAUAUCGUAUAAAGAUUUCAAAGAAAACUUUUCAUUCCUGAUUGUCUGCAAUAAUGUGCCAACAUUCCUGGACUGCGGAGAACAGGGAAACACCACUUGGUCUGUGGAUAUACAUUCCAAUAGGUUCACAGGACCCUCUCUAGGAAGAAGUGCUUAUUAUGAAGAUGCCCUUUCCAGACACCCUCAGUAUUUCAUCCAGGUGCCAGAGUCUAAGAUGAAGAACUACAAUCUUGUGGUAGCACUGUCACAGGAUCCUGAAAAUGAUACAGGCAAGGUGCACAUUGGCUUUGUGAUUGUCAAGGUUGGGCCAGAGGGUAAAACCACACUUCACAAUUCUGGGCUUCUGCCACAGAGAGAUGUUGUUAAUUGCUUUCACUUGAGCCCUGGGACUUACAUCAUUAUUCCAACUGCAUCACAAGAAGGUCAAGGGUCUGAGUUCCUCCUACGAACCUUUCUGAAGAGUUGGAACAAUUUCAGGUUUUCUCCCACUCUUAGGGAAGCAAAUACAGAACUCCCUCCAGUGGUGACAAAGGUUAAUAUCAGCCCCCAAUCUGUUUUGGUUUCUUCCCAGUCAGAGCCUCUUAUUAUACAGGAUAUCCCCAAGUGGAAUCAAGACAACUACAAAACCAUCUUCCUAAGAUAUGCUAAUCAGAGCUCCUCCUUAGAUGCUUCACAAUUACAAAGGAUCCUUAACCAAGUAGUCCUGAAAGAUCUAAUGGCCAGUCCAGGGAGCAGAGAUGGAUUCAGCUUCGAUUCAAGCAAGAGCCUUUUAGCUUUGAUGGAUAUCAAUGCUAAUGGAAGUCUUUCACUGGUCGAAUUUGAAAAACUUUGGAGAGAUCUCAAUAAGUAUAAGGACAUUUUUAGAAUGGAAGAUGAACAGAACUCUGGUUUCCUGAAUGUCUCCAAUCUGAAAAGGGUAAUCCAGGAAAGAGGCCUGUCAAUCAGUGACAAGCUCCUCAGGCUGAUGACUGUGCGAUAUGGGGAUUCUACCAUGAGGAUAAACCUUCCUGAUUUUGUGUGUUGUAUGAUACGCCUGGAGACCAUGGCAAAGGCAUUUCACAAUUUAUCUACAGAUGGGAGGGGAAUCUAUUUUACUGAAGAACAGUGGGUUACAAUGGUCAUGUAUUGCUGAUCAAGUGAUACAUUUCUAUAAAUACAGAUUGCUCAAUUUUGAGUGAAAUUUAAACAUUCU